AUGUAACUCUAAAUAAAUCGGAAUGUUCACAUAAAGAAGACAAUAUGACAUGUUGUACUGGUACUGGUUCAUCAAUUUCGAAACUUUCAUGUCGACAAUAUCCAUUUACAAGUAGAACAUCAUAUUCUAGUGUUGUUAGUCGAUCUUAUGCAGUGCCAAUGUCCACUUUGGAAAUUAAUCGUUGCCGUAUUCAUCGAGGUGAACAACCAGAAUGUUGUGGUACACAUUAUAAACUUGGAGAUGAUGUUACAUUCUUUAUUGAAACUUCGGAUGUGGAGAAUACUUCAGUGGAAAUACAAUUCUAUCAACAACAUGUAGAGUUUGCAGGGAAUACUGAGAAUUCAUCCAAUCCAUUGAAAUUUAUUGGUUCAGCUCGUUUUGGUCCAUUUGUUGAUACAUAUGGACGUAAAGCUGCACAAAUUUUAAAUUCAACAUUAACUCCAGUGGGUGAUCUUCGAGUACGUUAUCUUAUUAUCUAUCCAAUGAAUAAACCACUUAAUCCAAGUUUAGAAGUCACUUAUCAACAUCAUUGGAAGAAACGUGCAUCUGCUGUGGAUAUUGGUCAUCGUGGUGUUGGCACAUCAUUUUUUCAACCAGAAGAAAAACAAUAUAAAAGAUCACCUACCACUAGAGAAAAUACAUUGGAUUCGUUUCGAACAGCUGUACAACAUGGCGCUGAUUUUGUUGAAAUGGAUGUCCAACUCACCAAAGAUCAUCAUGUUGUUGUCUAUCAUGAUUUCGAUGCUGUUGUCAUAUCGAAAAAGAAAAGAGGUGGUCAACUGUGUUAUUUACGUAUAGCUAUUAAAGAUUUAAAUUAUAAUGAUUUACGUGAAUUAAAUGUUCGUCAUUCAAGUGUAUUAAAAGAAAGUCAUACACAUGAAAAAAUGAAUGAAGAAGAUUUAGAUCCAGUUGAAUUACAACCAUUUCCUUUGUUACAAUCAUGUUUUGAAGAGAUUGAUUCCGAUUUGGGUUUUGUUAUUGAAGUGAAAUAUCCAAUGGAAUUGAAAGAUGGUGGUUCAGAAAUGGAUCAUUUCUUUGAAUACAAUUUUUAUAUUGAUACUAUUCUACGUGAAAUUUUAACAUAUGCUGGUAAACGACGUAUUUUAUUAUCAUGUUUCGAUCCAAAUGUAUGCGUAAUGCUUCAAUUAAAACAACAAAUUUAUCCUGUUUUUCAACUUGGAAUCUAUCCAGACUAUGCAGAUACACGACAUACUGAUUUUGAACAUUUAUUUUGGUCUGCAUUAAGUCAUCAAUUGUUGGGAGUUUGUUUAGAAAGUGAUCGUGUAUUAAAUGUACCAGGAAUUAUUGAAUUAGCACAUGCACAUAAACUAGUUGUAUUAGCAUGGGGUGAAGCUGUCAAUACACCGGAAAAACGUAUGUUACUUACACAAUUAGGUGUGGAUGGAAUUAUUUAUGAUUAUUUAAAUGAAAAUAAAGCAAAAGGUACAUUGAGUGUAUUUAAACGUGAACGAUUCCUUGAAUUAUCAUUGCCAGCAUCGACACCGUCAUCACCAACAGAAACUACAAGACUAGUACCGCCAUAUUCAUCAUCAUUAUCAUUAAUCGAGAGUAAUUACACUAACAACAAUAGAACUACUACUUUUCCAGAUCAUCAACAACAACAACAACAGUACAAUGCUAUUGAUCCAUUGAUGGUUUUCUCUGCUCGCUCUACAACAACUACUACUACUGAUGAACUCUCGACGACGGCAACAACAAUAACUGAUUGUCCAAAUCGCUGCUGCAGUUCAACAUCAUCCAUUCCACUGAACAGUAAUGUUGGCAGCGACAAUAAUAAUAAUAAUAAUGACAGUAGUAGUAAUAGUAUACCCUCAGUGAAUGUCGAAUCCAACGGACAAGUAGCAGCAACAGAGGCGACCUCAUCAGAUAACCACCAUACAAAUUUAUCAACAUCUACUCAUACUGUUGUUCCAUUAGACAGUAGUAGUAGUGACGACGAUCGUAACAAAUCGUCGAUGUCAACUUCUUCAAAUACAUCUUCACAACAGCAGCAGCAGCAACAGCCGACAUCACCAAAACGACCUAGUACUAUGCCACUGGCAACAUUUGCUUAAAAAUAGCAAGAUAUCAAUCAAUGCGACGAUACGAAACUGCACAAUUAUAAUAAUAAUAAUAAUAGUAACGCUGACAAUAUUAUUUGUUGUUUGUCUAUUACAAGAGAGAAAAAAAUUUACACUUCAAAAUGUGUAUACUAAACUACUCUUUUUCACCCAUAAUAAGUAAAUAUUAUCUUUGAACAUUGAUUGUCUUAUUACUACUACUAAUACUACUACUCUUUCUUCUCAUCAGUAGUUCAAUGUUGUCAGCCCUUUCUUUGCACAUGUCAUACAGAUAGAUAGACAUAUAUAACACCGACAACAUUGUGUUGUCCUCCUUUCAACGUCAUCAGAUUUUGUCUUUACUGUGCUGUUGUCUUUUCUUUUAUAUGCUGGUAGUUUGGUGUGUCAGAUGCAUUUUGUUUUGUUUUAUUUUGUAACAGUUUUAACUUUUGACUGUGUUACAUACGAUCCCCAAUGUAUGCGUGUGUGUGUGUGUGCGUGUAUGUGUAUGUGUACAUAUGUGAUUUGUACUCAUUCAAAUAUCAAUGUAAACGAAGCCAGCACAUAACACCACGAUCUUUAAAUGUACAUAUCUAUGCUGUUCGCCUUUAUUUAUUUCGGCUUUGGGUUUGUUUUUCUAUUCUUAUCUCUCUCUCUCUCUCUCUAACUUUCUGUGUUUUCUUUCUCUAUUCAAAUUUAUCAAAGGGAACCAGUGUUUUGAAUUUCCAAUGGUUAUUUAUUCCAUGUCUUGUGUCAUUGUGUGUUUUGUUUUUUUGUGUUUUGUACUUUUUUUCAAUAAUUGAUUAUAACAAACAGUAGCAGUAAAAAUUCAAUGAAGAAUGAGAAGAAUGAAAACCUGAAAAGAAACUACAACAACAUGCAAACUGACGCUGUUGAUCACUGACCGAUCUAAUGAUUACUUACUUACAACUUAUUUUUCUGAUCUGAUCUGAACUGACUCACACAAACAAACAAACAGAAAAUAAUAACAACGAGAACACUGAUUUGAUAACAAAGUCAUCAUUGUCGAAUAUCCACUUGAAACAAGCUUAAAUCACUUCUUUCAUGGUAAAGUGUAAUACACAAUCAGAUUUAUAAAAUGGAGAUCGUGUUCUAUUUUUUAAAGUUACAAAAAGUAAUAAGAAUUCAAAUGCUUCGCCAAAAUUUUGAGUACAAUAAAACUACUAAAUUUAACGAAUCAUGAUAAUAAUGAUAUUAAUAAUAAUAAUAAUGAACAUUGACACACAUUGCUUGAUAUAAUAAAAAAGAGAUUUAUUAUUCAUAACUAUAGACGAAAUAAACAUCU